AAAAACAUCCUCAAAAGUCAAAAACUUGCCCCUUCUCUUAGAUUUUUUUUCAUGUUUUUUACUAUAAAAGGAUUUUUUUUUCUUCACCCUUUUUUUGUUUGUGUUCUCAAUUUAUCAAAAAUUGUAGUGAUCUUAUUAGACUUUUGAUAUCAAAAAGAUAAACUUUUUAUGUUACCCUUUUGAAAUUUCUCUAUUAUAUGCACGGAUUUCCCUUGAUUGUGAUCAAAUUUUCUUUUUGGGUAAAAGGGUUUUUUUAUUGUAAAAUUCAUCAUUGUUUUUGUUUUCUUUGAUUUCUUGAAAAACUUUGUAACCAAACAUGGCUUCAAGUGUCUCUCCCAAACUUGAAUAUUGGAAACUAAGAACCCUUUAUUCUCUUCCCUCUGAUUCAUUGAAAUCACCACGUUCAGUUUCUUCUCUGCCACUAAGGAACAAAAUCAAUUGUUUUUCCUUCUCAAGAAACUUGAGGGGUAAAAGAGUAAACCGUUCUUGUUCUUGUUCUUCUUCUCUUUUUGAUGAUUUUCAUUUUCACAGUAAUGAAAAUAAAAGAGAAAUCUUGGAACCUUCUUUUCUUGGUAUUCAACCUGAACCACCUAGUUGGCCAGAGAGAGAAGAGAUUUUGAGACUGAGUUUUGAAAGAAAAGUGAAAAGUGUUGGAAUCCCUUUAUCUAUAAGGAUGAUUAAGAAGAAGUUACAAUUAGAGGAAGGUUUGAAAGAUGAAGCAAGUAAAUUGAAUAAUUGUUCUGUUAAGAAGAGUUUUUCGUCUAUGUUGUUUAUGCUUCAUGAACUUCAAAAUCAUGCUUUGCAAACAAGAGAGUUACUUUGUGGUGAAGACUUGGAAAGUGUUAUGGUUAAGCUAAAUAGAGAAAUGGAUGAUUCAUUUGUUUGGUUGUUUCAACAGGUUUUCAGUGAAACACCAACUCUUAUGGUUGAUGUUAUGGUUUUCCUAAGUAACUUUUCUUUGUUCUCUAUGAGUAACAAUAACUCAUCAUUGAUGAAUGAAGUUCUACAUGGUGAUGUUGUUCAAGAUGUGGGUGUAAAGAAGGAGUUGACAGAAGAGGAAGAAAAGUUGUGGAAUUUUAUGUUGGAGGAAGCUUCAAAGAUACAAAGAGAAUUGAGGGGUGAGGAUUUGGAUCAUGAAACAAUGAUGAAGUUUCUGAGUCCUGUUUCUGUGGAGAUUGAAGGGGAUCAAUAUGAGGAAUAUGAGAAAACUGAUGCUUAUUACAAAAAGCAUAUAAAUCUUGCACCUUACAAUUCACUUCUUCUGUCUAACUAUGCACAGUUUCUCUUCCUUGUCAUGAAGGACAAUGAUGGUGCUGAAGAAUACUACAAGCAAUCAGUGGUAGUGGAGUCACCAGAGGCUGAAGCAUAUUGUAGAUAUGGUGAUUUCUUGUUGUGGAUAAGAAAGGAUAAUUGGGCAGCAGAGCUGAGAUAUCUACAAGCAUUGGAAGCAGAUCCUGGAAACACUUACUAUUUAUCAAAGUAUGCUAGUUUCCUUUGGAACACUGGUGGACAGCAAGAGAAUAGUACUAGCUUUCCUAUAGAAGAAUUAGAUAACUUACAAAUAUGACAAUUGUCCAUAUUAUCCAUCUAUAUAUCCCACUUUAAAUUCAGUUUUUUUAUCCUUCAUAUUUUUGUUUUUUGUUUUGUGGAAAUUUGUUUAUCCAAGUAGUUUUUUUAUCCAAUUACAGCUAGUGAUUCAUGGUACAGUUGUAUAUGGUUAUAUAUAAAUGGAUAAUGCUCCUCUAAAGAGAGCAAUUCACUCGGGAGAAA